AUGGUUAGAACCAGAGUUUUAGGUCGUGCAUUAGGUAGGGGUAUAGGUAGAGCUCGGGGUGGACAGGAUGAACAUCAUGCAAAUGAUGUUCUCUGGCGACGUAGGCCUACCGCAUCCGUCCGUAGGCAACGGGUACAUGUUUCUGUUGCUAAUGACGUUGCUGAUAUGACUGAGGAAGUUCCUCAAAUGACCAAGGAUGUUCCUCUGAUUACUACGGACGUACCUGGUCCUGGUGUAGAGGGCUUAGCUAGUGAUGUUGCUGCGGGAUCAGUUGCUGAUAAUGCUGAGGGAUUGUCAGGUGGGCCACGUGACCCAUCGGUGCUGACUUCAUUUGUUGAGCAUGUUGCACACAACAUAUGGACUGAAGAUGAACGUCCUGAAUUGAAGUUGGUCUCCCAUGAAAGGAAGGUUGAGAAAUUUGGGAGGCCAGCGCCUAAGAUUAAAGGGCUAGUCGCUGCCAAAGGAUUAACUCCUUUGAUUGGGUGCUCAAUAGUCACCAGCGAUCCGGGAGUUAUAUCGACGUUUGUGGAGAGGUGGCACAGGGAGACUAGCAGCACCUUCCAGUAG